GAAUUCCAUGGGGCUGCCCCGCUGAUGGCAUGGGGGGGCUCUGCCUGCUCUUGGUGGCUCUUUCUGCCGCGGCACCUGCACAAGUCCCCACAGAAACGACAGAAUCGCCCAACACUCCGGCAGGGAACACCUCGGUGACUCCAGGUCCCAGAGUGCUGCGGCUGGUGGGCGGCCGGAGCCGCUGCGAGGGCCGUGUGGAGCUGGAGCAGGAGGGGACAUGGGGGACGGUGUGUGACGACGGCUGGGACAUUUCUGAUGCCGACGUCGUGUGCCGCCAGCUGCGGUGCGGCCGCGCCGUGAGAGCCCCCGGCAACGCCGCCUUCGGCCGCGGGCGCGGCCCCAUCCUCCGGGAUGAGGUGCAAUGCCAAGGACACGAGCGGGACCUCUGGGAAUGCCCGGCCAUGCUGGAGCACGACUGCAGCCACAAGGAGGACGCCGGUGUGGUUUGCUCAGAGCACCAGGAGUGGCGGCUCUCCGGAGGCCGGGAUGGGUGUGCCGGCAGGGUGGAGGUGUUUUUCCGAGGCACUUGGAGCACGGUGUGUUACAGCACCUGGUACGACACGGAGGCCAUGGUGCUGUGCCGGACGCUGGGAUGCGGGGAUGUGCUCCAGCGGCCGGCCUUCACACACACGCUCCCCGGGAAGAUGACGUACAUGUGCGGGAGCCUGCAGCCCUCGCUGGCACAGUGCCACUGGACCUUCAACAAAUCCGCUCCCUGUUACCAAUCCGGGGCUGCUGGGGUCAUUUGCAACGGCUCCCAGGGUUUGGAGACGCCAACGCCCACAGUGGCUGAGGUGACGCCCAGGAAUGUCAGUGUCCUGCAGGCCGAGGAGGGGACCCCGACCUUGGGGACACCACCAGUGGACAGUCCCCUCUUUGUCCUGUGCCUGGUGCUGGCCGCGCUGCUCCUGCUCUCCGUGCUGGCCUUUUCCGCUGCCCUGCUGAGGCUGAGGAAGAGGAGUGCCAUGUCCUCCUUGGGAAUACCCAUGCCAGUCCUGGUGACCCACAGCUCCCAGAGCCCCAACGCACCCUCCAGGAUCCCCAACGACUACAGGGAGACUCCCACCAGCCUUCCCAAAGGAUCAGACGGUCUGGUCAAAGCCAUUUCCAAGGAUUCUGAUUCUGACUCGGAAUAUUAUGAGUUCAGCAGCAAGCCUCCCAUCGCCCUGUCCACCUUCUACAACUCCCUGCGCCGGCAUCCCAGGGAGGAUCUUCUCCCUCCGAGACCCAGCCAGGACAGGAUGGAGCCAUUUCCUGAGGAUGAGCCGGCCAGGCCGGGCCCCCCACUCCGCAGCUCCUCCAGCUCAUCCUCAUCCAUGGAGCCCUAUUGGAAUGGCAGCAUUCCCCCCCCUGCCAAUGGCUAUGGCACAGCUCCCCCGGCAGUGCCCACCCCAGCGCCCUCCCAGCCCUGGGCACCUGCAGCUCCGGCAGAUCCCGAUCCCGACGGCAGCUCCAGCACCUCCUCGGGCGAGUGGUACGAGAACGUGCAGGAGAGGGAGCCCCCUGGAGAUCCCUCCUCACAUCCAGCCUGGUCAGAUCCAUCCUAUCCUUCGCGGGAACAUGGGGAGGAUCCCGACUUUUCCGAGGGCAGCGACUACGACGACAUCCAGGACUCUGCCUACUGAGCCUGUCCCACCACUCCAGAGGCCAAAUCUCCUGGAAUUCUCUGGCUUUCUCCUCCAGAAUUCUCCAGCCAUUUCCUCUG